AUAUAUAUAUAUAUCUUAAAUCAUUAUUUUUCGUCUGAUAAGAAAAACAGAUGUGAUGAUUUGUAUUUCUGUGUUUUCCUCCCGUUUGAAGGAGUUUCUUACGUGGUAGAAUAAGAAGUGUUUGAAGGUUAAAUGUAAUAUGAAGACAUUUCAUUAUUUAGUUAAAUUUUUUAAUAAAAAUAUCCCUAAAAUAAAAUCAUUCACACCUAAGUGAAAUCAACCAGCUGACCCUUUGAACCCCAGAAAUUGGUGAUAUGUAUAUAUGAACAGUUGAAAAAAAAAAAAGAAAUUGUCAUAAUGUACAUUUAGCCGUGGAACGGCUACCAAGCCAUCUGGCCCCUCAUAGUUUCUGCAAUUCAUCCAGCUUGUUUGGUCAUCAGCAUAAAACGAUAAGGUAGCUGGCUUUUCUUCUAGUUUAAUACAUAUAUUCUGAGUCAUUUAUAGGCUUCUUGGUUAAUCAUGAAAAGAACAAGAAAUCUAAUAAAACGAAAGUGGCUUAAGAUCAAUAACUUCGAUUAAAUUAUGUGAUACAUAUCUGUGGUUGAUAUUUGAUAUAACACCAUAAAAAGUGAGAGUAAGAUGGUGGGUGGCAAUGUUGGUCAUGACCCUAGUUGAUUACCCAUUGACCUGUUGGGUAAGUUUUCUUGUUGCCGAAGCCGGGUCCAGCCAAAACCCCACCUGGGUCCUGGGAUAUUGCAUCUCCCUCAAGUCUACAGUUGAUGAGGAGUUAGGUACAGAUGGGAGAGCCAAAAUGAUAUACAAUUCUCCCCAAGAGGAGAACAAAUGCCAGAGGCUAGGGUUUCUAGUUUUUUACAUGGUGGGAGUGACAUGGCCCCAAAACUGAAUUUGAUAUUUGUUUCUUGGUGGGGUCUUUUUGAAUGUAAACCACAAAGAGCCUCCACGAAAGAUUACAAGAUUUGGGGGUGUGGGUCAUGGUAUUAAUAAUAGAAAAUUGAUAAGAAAUUAUGUAAAUAAAAGGGAAAGCGACUAAAAGUUGAAGAUGUGCCUAAGUUUUGCCCGAAAUGAUACCCAUUAUCAUUAUAUAAUAAGACUUAUGCACGUCAGCUAUCUCCUUUUGUUUAUGGUUUGGGACACCCAGAGUAGUUUUUUCCACAUCACAGGUAGCUUCAGCGCUACCUGAAAGGUUAUCACAGGCCUUCUCUCAUUCUCUCUCUCCCCAUGUAAGAAACUCGUUGCUUCUCCAUAAAUACUAAUACUCACUCUCUUUCUCUCUCUAUCUAUAUUCAGUGUGAAUAAGAUAUAGAGAGAGAAGGAGAGAUGGAGGUGCGAAUGAGGCUAUGGGAAGUAAUACCAUUUUCAGUGAUGGUGUUGAUGGAAGGUUGCACAGUGGGGCUGACAAUUAUGACCAAGACAGUGAUGGCGAAGGGGAUGAGCCAAUUCGUCUUCGUGGUUUAUUCCAAUGCUCUUUCCUCUAUCAUUCUCCUUCCUUAUUCCCUCAUCUUUCGAAGGACGCAGCAGUCCUUCUUCACCUUCCCUCUCCUCACUAGAUUUUUCUUCCUCGGGCUUACAGGGAUAACCAUAGCUCAGAUUUUUGCCUUCACUGGCCUAAGCUACAGCUCACCCAUUCUUGCAUGUGGAAUGGGCAACUUGAUCCCUGCAUUUUCUUUUGUGCUUGCUAUUAUUCUCAGGACAACAAAGCUGGAUUGGCGAGUAACAAGUGGCCAAGCCAAAAUCAUUGGUACCUUUAUAUCCAUCAGUGGAGGAACUCUAAUGAUUCUUUACAAGGGUCCACUUGUCAGGAAAACUGCAUUUUCUGCACCUUUCCAUCAUCUCGAACUUAUUCCUCGACAUUUCAUCUUCUCCUCAACACCAGAAUAUUGGGCUCUUGGAGGCAUUUUGCUUGCAGUCGCUUCUUUAUCUGCUUCAGUAUGGGGCAUAAUCCAGGUGGGCACUGUCAAACAAUAUCCAGAACCGAUAACCAUAGCCGCUUUAUAUACUUCAAUGGGGACAAUCCAAAGUGCAAUUGUGGCUUUUGUUGCAGAGAGAAAUCUAAGUGCUUGGAAGUUGGAGCUCAACAUGGAGCUCCUUCUCAUUUUUCUAUCAGCAAUUUUUGGGAGUGCAAUUCGUUGCAGUGUUCAUAUAUGGUGCAUGCACAACAAGGGCCCUUUUUAUGUGCCCAUGUUCAAGCCAUUCGGGAUUAUCAUUGCAUCUAUUGCUAGUGUAAUCUUCUUUGGAGACAGUCUUCAUUAUGGAAGUGUAAUAGGAGCUUACAUAAUUGGAAUAGGGUAUUAUACUCUGAUGUGGGGACAAAUCAGAGAAGAUGACAUGAAGGCAGGUGGUGAAGGCAUUGAUUCUUCUGAGCAGAAGGUCCCUCUAUUGCAAGAAGAGGAGCAAGUAUAGAAUCUCACUGGCUGCUAUCAGAAACUUAGGAGACAAAGGUCUCCUGAAUUAGAAGCUUUCACAAAGAUUGGAGGCAGAUUCAUUGUGCUUUGCAAAUUGGUUGUGGGAAAGCAUGUAUUUUGUGUUAAUAGAUUGGGAACUGGACUUGCUGUAUAUAUUUGCAUUCAAAGAGGUAGGGUUUUGGGGUUGUGUUUGUAUUAUAUCAGAGAUAGAGAGAAUGUAAUUAAACUGUACUUGCAACAGUUUUUUUCAAUGCAAGGAGACUCCUUUGAUUUUCCUUUC